AUGGGCUUCCUAUACAGCCAGCUCAUAGAAUCGUGGAGACUGCCCUACCCCAACACCAACUAUGCUGGCCAGACCAUCGUCAUUACUGGCAGCAACACAGGCCUGGGAAAGGAAGCCGCGCGACACUACGCUCGCCUGGGCGCGAGCAAGCUGAUCCUCGCGGCCCGGAACGUCGACAAAGGCGAGGCCGCGAAGCAGGACAUCUUAACCACCGCCGCGAAAGGAGUAUCGAUCGAAGUAUGGCAGGUCGACAUGGCAAGCUACGUCAGCGUGAAAGCAUUUGCAGCUCGUAUUGAAUCCGAACUCGACCGGAUCGACAUCUUCCAUGCCAAUGCCGGCCUCGUGCGUGCCGAGUUUGCAAUGGCCGAGGACAACGAGACCGGCAUCACGGUUAACUACGUCUCAACCUUCUUGCUCGUGGCGCUGGUUUUGCCCAAGCUCAGGUCCACGGCGGAGCAGUUCAAGACACGCCCGAGCCUCGUGAUCACGAGCUCCGGGGCGCACAGGCACACCACGUUUCCGCAGAUGGAGGAGGUCAAUAUCCUGGCUGCAGUCAACGACAGAAACUACGCCGGCGGCAGGUACUGGAGGGACCGCUACCCAAUCUCCAAGCUACUGGGCAUCUUCGCCGUCCGGAGCAUCGCCAAGGAGCAUCCUGCAGACACGUACCCGGUCACGAUCAACCUCGUGAGCCCGGGGUUAUGUCAUUCGGGCCUCUCCCGCGAAGCCAAGGGCAUGCAAAAGAUCAUGUUCACGGGCAUGAAGAUGUUGCUGGCGAGGUCGACCGAGAACGGCAGCAGGACGCUGGUCGAUGCUGGCGUGCAAGGGCCAGAAUCGCACGGGCAAUACCUGGAGGACUGCAAGAUCGCUGAGCCGUCCGAGGUCGUGACGCAGAAUCCCGACGUGCAGGAUCGCUUGUGGGUCGAAUUGAAGGCGAAGCUGGAGGGGAUUCAGCCCGGUGUGACGGCGAACUUCUAG